AUGGGCCAUUCGCAAGCACACUGUAAGCCCGGGGUGGACACGCCAGACGCAAUAGGGAGGUCUGCCGACAGAUCGCCUGAAGGCUUAUCCACUUACCAAUCUCAGCCCAAGCCUGGGGACAAUGUUGCAUCUGGCAGUGUGUCACGAACACCUAGGAGAUUCCUGCCACAGCCUGUCGAAACCGAGUCACGAAGCUCCAAGCCACAGUGUCCUAUUCCAGGAGACCGAUAUCUGCAAACCGAAGAAACACACCUAAAGAACAUACAAGAAACCCCACCCCCACGAAGAUUCCUCCCGGAGCCGAUCGAAACGACAGUCACAAGUCAUAGAAGGGCUCAUUCGACCUCCGAGGUCCAUGACCACAGCGCUCUAUCUCACGCGAAGACUUCAGCAGGGCCAAGGCGAUUCAAACCAGACCUCAUCGAAACCGAUACGCGCUCGUUCCGACAAGGACAGUCGGUUCGACCCCUCUCACACAACGCGACAGGAUCUUCAGUAAGCUACACAACUGGCGAUGCAGGCACUGCAUUCCGAGCAGAUAGCCAUGCACCAUCCGAAUCUCGGUUUUCGUAUGCGAGUCUUUUGCGCCAACAGCAGAGUCGCCGACACUCAUUCCGCGUACCUGAACUACCAUCGAUUCCCUCAAAUAGUAGUGAAGACUCGGACGACUCUAGAUCGCCCUCAGUCUGCACUUCGGCGCCUGGGUCUUCCGAUAAAUUCACCAAGGAAUCGUUUGGCACCAAGGCCCAUCGCGAAAGUUGUGACGAGGAGUUUUCAGAAUAUCUGCUUUCGCUUGCUGCUCGGUCUGCACACAUGCAAUUGAGAGAUCAGGCGUUAGCUGCAUUCCCAAACGAACAGGUAUAUGAACCUGUUGACCAUUUCGCCAUCGAUUAUGACAGAGACUCGGAAGAGGAUACCUCCAUGAAGUACAGUCAUGUCAAGUCCCGACGACAGUCCUCGGCAGAUCUCUCCUGGGAACUUGAGUACAUGCGCCACCACAAGGAGGAAGCCGAAAUGAGACUUCGGGCCAUGGUCACAUCUGGAAAGCCAAAGCCACCCCCAGAACAGAAAAAGAAUAGCCCACCACUACUUGGAAAGGACAUUGUCAUCCCCCAAAGCCUCUCGCCAGCGGGUACCAUAUGUGAUCACACCACCUUUGACAUGUCAUCUCCUGAUGCACAAGAUCUGUGCACUGGAUGUGAGGGUCUGUGGUGUGCGGCUCCCCGUGGCAGCGGUGGCAAGAGUGCCGGGCUGUGGAUGGGAACCUGUUCCAAAGAGGAAGGCCUGGUGCCGCAGGCCCAAGGCCUUUUCCCGGGGAUCACAACCCCCAUGGCUCGGAUUGACUCAACUGGCGUCACCAAGGGGCUCAGUCCGUCACACUCAUACACCCACCUUGAUCGACUCGCUUUAUCGCCCGGAAGUAGCAAACCUCGCAAACCUGCAAGCCCAAAUCUUCAGAAGGUGAUUGAGUCUGAAUUUCACGAUGGAUUCGUGACCCAGAUCUACAAUUACCUUUCCUUGGGCUACCCCUGUCUGGCCCGGCACUAUGAUCACGAACUCAGUCGAAUCUCUGCAAUCUCCGUUGAGGACCUCCGUCGAGAUGACUUGAAUACUGAUGCCCGGGGUUACGUUGUCGCCCCGCCGAAUGGUCAGCUUGCCGAUGCCUGCACUCGAUGGAAAGCUCUUCGUCUCUAUAUCCAGGAAUGGGCUCGCCAAGAGCCUGGCAUGGCUGAUGACGAAACCAAUCUGGAAGGCUGGGGGUUGCCGGAACGAAAAGGCAGUUGGGCAAUCUGA